AAGCUAGCGGAAAAAACCCUUGGCCCAAACCAACAUUUAGAAAUUUGGUUCAGCAACAGGCAAGGCCUAAUUGAGUAAUUGUUCCUGUCUUCUCUUCUUCUCUACCUACUUAUAAUUAUCUGGUGUUCACACUUAGUAGCCAUCUCAGGAGAUGGGCAGGACAGGAACAAGGUUGCCAGGUUUCUGUCUAAACAGGAUUAGGCCUCAUGUUAGAGUCCGGUCACCUCCAAUACAAGCCAAGCCUGAUGUGAAUUCUACUAAAACUGAUCAAAAGGAUGAAAUUUGUGGCAAAGUUGAAGAAGAUAAAUCCAGCAAUGGAGAAAAACCUGGGUUGGUAAUUGGAAGGAAAAUCAUGAUCGUGGUUGAUUCCAGCAUUGAAGCCAAGGGAGCUAUUCAAUGGGCACUAUCUCACACUGUCCAGUGCCAGGACACAGUUAUUCUUCUUUACGUGACAAAGUCCUCAAAACAAGUGCCAGUUGCAAGUGAUGAAUCAGACAAGAACAGUGAUCCAAGGACUUGUGAACCAGUUUCCUCCCUGAAAAAUAUGUGCAAGCAGAAGAGACCUGAGGUAGAAGUUGAGGUAGCUGUGGUGCAGGGAACAGAGAAAGGUCCAACAAUAGUGGAAGAGGCCAAAAAACAAGGAGUGUCACUUCUGGUUUUGGGACAGAAAAAAAAGUCCAUGACUUGGCGUCUCAUUAUGAUGUGGGCAGGGAACCGGGUUACUGGUGGAGUUGUCGAGUACUGCAUCCAGAAUGCUAGCUGCAUGGCAGUUGCAGUAAGACGAAAAAGCAAAAAACUUGGAGGUUAUCUUAUCACCACUAAGCGGCACAAGGAUUUCUGGCUCUUGGCUUAAAAUUAAACAGCAUUGUUAUUUUUGUUGGCCUCCAACCCGUUUCAGCAAAGGGGAUUCUAAUCUUACUCCAGAAUAUAUGUGAUUUUUCUAGUGUUACUGUUUGUAAAUAAUACUAGUAAAUUAUAUUGAGAAAAGGAAAAGGGAGUUUGGUGUGUGAAUGAAAAAGUGUGUUGUGUCAUUAUUCAUGUCCCUAAAGAUUAUGGCUAAGGGAAAGACAAUUUGGGUCCCUUGCCCCCCUUUAGGGUCUCUCCCGGACGCUACAGUGGCCUAAAAGAAGCACGUGGUUCAACAACUUUUGUUUUUGUAACUUAUACCAUAGGGUAAAACAGGGCGGGUACUCUCGGAUUGGAUCUUCCUCAAAUGACCAACGUUUGUUGCGGCCGAAACGCUGGAUGGUGAUCAGCUUUGCUGAAGUUGCAACACUUCUCAACUGUACCAUGCAUGGUUGUAAUCACAACAAUUUGGCCUUUGACAUGGCUUCUGCUUGAACCUUGCAACUUUGUCAGUCGGUUUACAAUAGAAAUGCUUUCAAUCUGAUUAAUUGGCAAAAUUUUGUGUCAUAUGGGUUAUCAAAAAAUGUAGUGACUUGAACAUUUGAUGCUGAGGGGUAUAACAUAAAUGCAUUCCUAAUCAUACCCCAAAGUCCAAACAAGAUAGAAUUACAUUGAUUCGCCACAAAAACUGGUGGACAAUCUUUUUAUUGAACUAGUGAGUAGUGACCCAUCAUGCAUGCUUAAACUGCACUUCAAUAUUGCAAUAUACUCACAUAAAUGCAACAGACUCCCAAGCAUUUUUCCUUUAUCUUUUCCUUGAGCAAUGUACAUUGAGUAUGGUCCAUCUAUGGAUGGAAAAUACGGAUGAGUCGACGUUUGUCAGAGCUUUUUGGGGCCUAUGUUCCUCGAGCAUAGGGCAAGCAUAUUAUCUGAGCAAGAUUCCCUCACCAUUUGGGUCCCUGUCUACAACAAGAAAAAGCCCAGAUAACCAUACAAAUCCGGAUGAAGUUAAAAAAAAAAAAAACCAAAAACAAAAACAAAAAAGGAGUUCACGUUUUACACGCGUACAAAAAAGUUGCAAAAUCAUCAUAAUAUUCAUGGGUUUAGAGUGUUUAAUGAGUUAACUUAUCCACAAAAUAAAAAAACUUAUCCACAGAAUAAAAAAGGGGGAAUAUUAAUAUAAAUUAGUAGGCCAUCAUGGGCCGUGGACAUGUGGUAGGGCAAAAAU